CUAAGAUUCACUCCUCGGUUUCUGGCUCUUCCUUUAUUUUCCCAAUCUCCAUUUCUCCUUCACUUCUCUACCCACCUCCUCUCGCUCUCUCAAAUUUCCCCUUCCUCCGGGAAGAAGAAGAACAAAAGGAAGGCGUGGCUGCUGCUGCUGUAAAGGAAGAGCUGCUUAAAGAUGUUGUUGGGGAAGAGACCUAGGGGUCCAAUGAAGAGAACAACAAGUAUGUCAGAGAUCACCUUUGAUUUAGACUCUGAAUCAGCUCCACCGUCGUCUGAUCCGCACAUCGCCCAUAAACAGAUGGCGGGUUUUGGUGCCCAGCUAGAUCAACGGUUCUUGGUUGCCACCGUAUCACCCAGAACCCAUAGAAGGGCUUCCGCUGAUUUCUUGGAGACUGCUCACUUCCUGAGGGCUUGCACCCUCUGCAAGCGCCGCUUGGUCCCUGGCCGUGACAUCUACAUGUACAGGGGGGAUAGUGCUUUCUGCAGUCUAGAGUGUAGGCAACAGCAAAUGAACCAAGAUGAGAGGAAAGAGAAGUGCUCAUUAUUAGCGUCGAAGAAAGAAGUUGUUGCAACCUCCACCACCGCACCAGAAGUCUCCACUAAAGGCGAGACAGUUGCCGCUUUAUAGAGUCACCAGUAACCAGCCCAGAGUGGAAAAUGAUUUCACCCGCUUAAUUCUAUAAAUAUAUAUAAUUUGAAGUUGUAGAAUUAUAUAUAUGUAUAUGCAAGUGGGUUUGCUUCUGCUAGCUUUUGUAUGCAAAUCAAUGGGCAAUUUUUGAAGCUGUUAUUUUAUGUGGAUCCACGACUUAAGCAAAGCAGCUCCAAUCUGUAGUUCUUCCUAGUGGUUUUUUUUUUUUUUUCAAAAAAAAAAAGUUAUCGUCUUGUUUUCAUCUUGUAAGGGAAGAAAAUUACAGAUUUACAAGAUUUGUUUUUCUCAA